AUGAGUGUUCUGGAGGCUAAAUUGAAUGAUAGCUUGGUCAAAGUAGUGCAGAGUGGGCGAGAAAAACGGUAUUCUGACGCAAUAGAAUCACUUAAUAAGCUCUUGCCCCUCAUGGACAAGUGGUUUCACGCAGAGCCCGAGGUGCAUCGACUAUAUUUUCGGACAUAUUAUCGCGUUCUUAAAGCGUGCCUGUAUGGAGACUUAGGAUUAUAUCAUUGGCUGAACAAUGAUUUGUUGUCGGCAUCCCUUGCUUUAGAACAGUCCAUCCGGAUACUCCCUACACACCUAUCACUCCAAAGACUUAGCUACUUGGCAAUUCAGCGCAACGAUUCAAAUUCCGCAACAAGCCAUCUUCUCUGUCUGGUCUCUGAUCCCCUCUUGAACUAUAAUAAGAUUACUUUAUGUAAUGACAGUUGCGCCACACACCCAGCAGAGGCAUUGGCUUUACGAGCAGCUACCAUUGCAUACUACGGUAAUAUAGUUGAGGGGAUCAAUCUUAUUUCACUGGCCCUGUCAUACCACUCGCAGACUGCAGCAGAGAUAGCCACCCCCGCGGUUUGUGCUCAGCUCCGAGCUGGUAUCCCUCCCCGUGUCAUUACUAGGAUCCCUAGUUUGACCAGCAUGUCACCAGCAGAACUUCGGAAGUAUCACUUGCUGUUGAGGGUGUUUGUGUCCCUCUGUAAGAUUGCCGUUGAUAGGUGUGUGAAGCUUCCCAUAGUGGUGAACUGCGACAUUCGAAGCAUUCUAAACCACGUGCUUGGCGAGUUCCACAAACUGGUCAUAUCUAAUGUAAUCUUCGAUCCAACUGGACUGUACCAGGUGCUUCUUGACAGGUAUCUUUCUAUUGGUGGCAGCCCCAAUGCAGUUAAAGUCUGCAUGGAAAACACUGAGUAUCUCCUGGAUCUCUACUCCUUUGCCUUCCCAUGGGCCUGGGACACACAGACAGCUAUUCACUCAUUUACAGGCCUCAUGAAGGAGAACACUUUUACCGAUACUGUCUGGGCGUUAUUGUCAACGUAUGAUAAAAAGGCAUCGCGAAAGGCUGCCGAGGCCGGCAUGCAGGCACUGUCACGGAAGAAGAUAAUUGAGGAGACUAGUCUGGCGGAAUAUGUCUCUGACAUGUACGGUUUGCAAUUAGUGUCGCUUUUCACCAGCAAACAUCACGAUAAGCAUCACAUAAGCUUUGGUACUAUAUCGAAGGUUGGGCCUGGGGAUGCAGUUAGGUCUAUUAUUAAUACCCAUCCCGCCUCUGAGGCAGCUCUUCACGCGCUUACACAUCACACACGUUCGGUAAGUGAGGAUAGCUUCGAUAGCUGUGUUGCAGAAACUAAGGACUCACUGAUGAAGGCAUUUCAAGAAGCCGUUCAGUCCCGAAAGAACCCCGGUGCAUCAAAACACAUCACCGUACCCAAGAGCCCAGUCAUUGCCUCUACUGCUCCAAUACGAUCCAUGGAUCUUUCUGGACUCCAUGUUUGCCCUUCUCCUGCAGAGCUAGCAACAUCAUUAGCAGAUACCGUCCUUGGGCAGGCCAUGGCCCCGCUUGAUACCCUUUGGACCCAUCACGCUUCUACUUGCCAGGAAUGCAGAGAUCCCAAGCCGACAUACCAGACACGCAAGAUCAUCGAUGAGGCCGACCUGAAGGCAUGUGUUGAGGGUCAUCGGGACACCAUUCAGCAAGCAAUAAAUGGUGCUCCGUACUCCACUGGCCUCAGUGGAAUUUACAAUGGGGAGGUUGAACGUGUUAAGAACACAAGCGUUCUUAGUAGAUUUAUGCUUGGCUCGACAAUUCGUGCCGUGAAUGAACGUUCAGGAGAGUCUCUCAAACCUUUUAGCAAAAGGUGCAGGAGAUUGGCCAAGACAUUACAGAGUACCACGCAGGAUUAUGAUCUCGAAACUCUUUCAGAAAAGCCCAGUAUAAAAUUCACUCCGAUUGAUAUUACAGAUUUGUCCGCAGAAAGUUUAAACCCUGACUCUUGCAAAUUUAAUUCAUGCAAGAAGAAGACUGUCGAGAAGCAAGUGGUGUCUGCAGCUAAGUCUGAGAUAGAACAAAGGAACGGAUGCUUAUCUGCCCCUUUGACUCCAGUCUUAAGGCCACAAUCCACUCCCGUUCUCCCAGUCGGGACUAGCCGUACCAGAGGUGUUCAAGGGACGGAGAACAAAGCUGCCAAAGCAGCCAGAGAAUUGGUCGAACCAGGAAAGCCAGCAUUUGAAAUCUCAACGACCAUACUGCCCCAGCAAAACCUUUUGACAGGAAAAGUUGUGUUAGAUUAUAUUACUGAUAAGGAACUGCAACAGGCCGAGUCUAUUUGUACAAAUAUCGGUCUAGUUACUGCCAUACUUGACCGAAAUGGAUCCAAUCCAGCAAAUGAAUCUCUCACUACAAUACCAUCAGCAAAGGGGGCGAACUCAAAAGCAAGUGGUGAGCACAAAGACCCUAAAGCGGUUAGCAUUGGUUUACUCCCGGAUAGAGAAGCUGUCCCAGCUCCUGCCUACCUUGAUAUGGUAACCUACCAGGCCUCCUUCACACCACGGGGUGCUGCAGACACUAUUGAAGUGUUCUCCCCUGUACCUCAGCUAUUGUCAGCAAACCAGAUUGAUCUCUUUCAAUAUUGUAAUGCAGAGCCUGAUAGAACAACAGUACUCUCUGAAGUAGCCUCUGAAUACGUGGAAAAUGCUAUCGCUCCUAUGCCUAUUCGACAUCAUUCAAGAUCGCAUCACAUAGACCUUGAGAAGUACGUUGUGGAGGCUCUUCCUCAAACGCCUCCGAGGCCUGUCCCUAAAGUGAUAUCUGCUGUGCAAUCAUCACCGCGGAAUGCGCUAGACAAGAAGGGUCGACGAAAAACCAUCACGAUUGAUCAAAUCACCCCCGCCAGCAAUCCGUGUCUAUCCCACUUUACUGGAAAAACCAUCUCUGCCCUACUGGCACGCCCACCAAGGGUUGAAAAGUGA